AUGUUUGCCGCCCACUACACACAUACAUUUUAUAAUUAAUUCUGUCUUUUAGUAUAAUAAGGUAAGAUUAAAAGAUUUGAUAAGUCAAUAGCCCUUCUGUUCUAGCCUUCUAGAUACAAAUUUAUACACAUAAAUAACGUUGUACUUCCAUAAAAUAUUACUUCUAUAUAUUAUAUACUUAUAUACCAUUUGGUCAACGAUCAUUCAACCAGACAAACUGUACACUCCUAAGAAAACCCCUUAAAAGUAGCAAGGGAAGCAUUCUCUAUGAUAAAUUUGUUUUUUUUUAAAAAAAAUACAAGCACAAGUUUAAUGAGGUUUCAUUCUAAAAUCAAUUGAUAAUAGAAAACGUAGUCCAUCAAGCUUAUAUGUUUGUUAAUCUCUCUUUGAUUCUUCGAUAUGGGAUCACAUGGGGAUUUUAUUUCCAACACUUUUUAGAACCAUGCUCUUGACUACUUUGAACUACAAAUCAGUAAAAGAAGCAUUCCAUAAGAAGAGUUUUUUAGACAACUUUAUUUGGAAAAUCCGUAAAGACAACCCAAACCUUAAUAAUGCAAAAGCAAGAGCACGAUGAGUCAUUAAGGGUUUUAUCAAUUUGAUUACAAUAAAAGACUUCAUUAAGUUAAGGUUAAAUACAUCCAAUCUCUAAAUUUUUCCUUAAACAAACUUCUUUAGUGACGUUGGGGUAAUGGAAUAUUGUUCUAAUACGUUAAUGUGUUGUUUAUGAGAAAUUCUAGCAUUACUAUCAACACUUAAAGCUCCAACAACCAGAGCCAAAACAUGGUACCAUUCUAGCCUAUGUAAAACCUCCUCCCAAGUCCCGACCGGGUCAGUUCAUGAUAGGAUACUACUGGACCCAGAAAAAAAAAUAAACACCAACCAUAGAAUGACAAGGAUUUUUAAUCUUAAUAGACAACCAAGGCAUUAAAUUUCCAAAGAUAGUUCUUUUGUUAUAGGAAGAAGCAUGUAUAUUAUAUAUUUCAUUCUUGUAUUAAGACUUUUGAGAUGGUAUGAGUUGUUAUUUAAUUAUGAGAUCUAAUAUAAUCAUACAUUAUUAUAAAAAUAACCAAAUAAUUUACACCACCGGAGAGUGAGUUUAGCUCCCUGACAGACUCCUAUUAAUUAAACAGGAACACCCUUGCUGUUUGAUAGGAUUCCAAAACUUACAUCAAAAAAAUUAAUUCACCAUGGCUCAUGUUGUUUAUGGGUGUUUUCAUAUUAUGCCUGCAAUUUACACCUUCCUUUUAUGCUUCUCUUUUGAGUAUUUUGGAGUAACAGCCAAAUACAUUACUGCUACUCAGAUUCUUAGAGACCCAGAAACAUUAGUUUCUAGUAAUUCUGUUUUCAAGGCUGGUUUUUUUAGCACUACAAAUUCGAAAAAACGAUACGUAGGGAUCUGGUAUAACAGUAAUAAGGAUUCUGAUUCUGGUAUAUCUGAAGUAGUAUGGAUAGCUAAUAGGGAUAAUCCUCUUGAUGACUCUUCUGGAGUGCUUAAAAUUUCUAAGGAAGGAAAGCUUCAACUUUCAGACAGAAAAAACAAAAUAUUUUGGUCAACAGAUGUAUCACAGCAGGAAAAUAAAACGGUUGCUAAGCUUUUAGAUACUGGAAAUCUUGUUCUGCUGUCAAACGACAGUGGAGAGAUCAUCUGGCAGAGUUUGGAACACCCAACAAAUACAUGGCUACCGUCAGCAGUACAGCUCACCUUUGAUAUACAUAAGAAAGAUAACCCAACAAUUCGAUCAUGGAAGAGUGCUUCAGAUCCAUCAACUGGACGCUUCAACCAUGGUAUUGUUUCUCGCAAUUUUCCUGAAUUAUUCACUAUGGAAGGGGAAAAACCUUAUUGGAGAUCAGGUCCUUGGACUAGUAAUCACUUCCUCGGGGUCCCUUACAUGCAUUCAGAGGUUUCCUCGGGAUUUCAAAUUUAUGAUAAUCAUGAAGGAGAAAUUCAGCUAUCAUAUUCUUUGGCAAAUUCAUCCUUGUUGGAACGAGUUGUAAUGAAUCAUGAUGGACGAGUGUUCUUCGAGCAUUGGGGAGCCAAAAGAGGAAAGUGGGAAGUUGUGUGGAAUUCCUUCCAGUCUGAAUGUGAAUUAUAUGGAAAAUGUGGUGCUUUUGGAAAUUGCAAUCCAAGCAAAUCACCCAUUUGUAGCUGUUUGAAGGGGUUUGAGCCAAACAACAGGGAUGAAUGGAACAACGGAAAUUGGAAUAAUGGGUGUUUUCGGAGGACACCAUUGCAGUGUGGUACAAGAGAAGGAAAAUCAGACAAGUUUCUAAAGAUGAGGCACAUGAAAGUACCAGACUAUUCUUAUUGGGUGUCAUCAAGUGGUGAAGAUGAUUGUGGGACGAAGUGCUCGCAGAAUUGUUCUUGUUUAGCUUACGCGUAUUAUCCGGGAAUAGGGUGCAUGAUGUGGAAUGUAAGCCUUAUGGAUAUUCAACAAUUUUCUGCUGAUGGAGCUGAUCUUUUCAUUCGUUUGGCUCAUUCGGAACUAGGUAAACAACCUAACUGUGAACCUGGGAAAUCAAAGCUAAUUAUAAUUACCAUCAUGGGAACUUUUGGUGCAACAACAUUAGUUCUCUUUAUCUUCCGUUUGUACAUUAAUAAAAUUAGUUUUUAUAAAUCAACCAUUUUGAUAUCUUUUGCAGGGUUGAAAAAUACAAACAAGCUGGAUUUGCAACUGUACAACAUAUUAGAUGAUAGAAUUAAUGAUUUUCAAGAUUUGCCAUUGUUUCAAUUCCAAAAGUUGGAAGUUGCAACAAAUUUCUUUUCCACAAAGAACAAAAUUGGACAGGGUGGUUUCGGUUCCGUGUACAAGGGAAAGUUGGAAGAUGGGAAAGAUAUAGCGGUUAAAAGACUAUCAAGAUCAUCUGGACAAGGCCUGCAAGAAUUUAUGAAUGAGGUGAUAGUCAUCUCAAAACUUCAACACAAAAACCUUGUCCGACUUUUAGGCUGCUGCAUAGAAAGAGAAGAGAAAGUAUUGGUGUAUGAGUACAUGCCAAAUAAGAGCUUGGAUGCAAUACUCUUUGACCCGUAUCACAGGAAACAGUUGGACUGGAAGAAGCGGUUUAGUAUCAUCAAAGGGAUAUGUAGAGGCCUACUUUAUCUUCAUAGAGAUUCUAGGUUGAAGAUUAUUCACAGAGAUCUUAAGGCAAGCAACAUUUUGCUAGAUGAGGAGCUUAAACCAAAGAUAUCUGACUUCGGUAUGGCAAGGAUUUUCGGAACAAAACAAGAUCAAGCCAACACCUUGAGGGUCGUCGGGACCUAUGGUUAUAUGUCUCCGGAGUACGCAAUGGAAGGCCGGUUUUCAGAAAAAUCAGAUGUAUUCAGUUUAGGAGUGCUUUUGUUGGAGAUUAUCAGUGGCCGAAAGAACAAUAGCUUUGAAGAUUAUGAGUCAUUGAGCCUCUUAUCUUACGCGUGGAAGUUGUGGAAUGAAGAUGAUAUACUUUCUUUCAUUGAUUCAGAAAUUUAUGAUCCAAGUUCUCAAGGUGAGAUUUUGAAGUGCAUACAACUGGGGCUAUUGUGCGUACAGGAACAUCCUGAAGAUAGGCCAACCAUAUCGGCACUAACUUCCAUGAUCGAUGUUGAGGAUGAUAAAGAGCUUCCGCUCCCAAAGCAACCUGGUUUUACUCAAAAGGUACUAUGUCGCACCAAUGGGAUCAUCGAAAAUGGUAGUAUAAACCAUCUUUCUUUGACAGUUUUUAGUGGUCGAUAGUUCGUGUGUUUUCAAGUCAAUGUACUCUAUUAUUUGAAACAGCAGGAUGUUAUUACCUAACAAUUACCAAAGAGUAGUUAGUGGGAUUUUUUCAGAUAGUUCUUCUCUAAUAUUUGAUACAGCUGGAUGCUAUUACUUAUUACUUUAGAGUGUAAAGUAUAAUUACUGAUUACAAAGUUUGUGGGUUUUUCAUAGUUCAGUCACACAAUGUUGAAGAAUAAGCUUGUAUUUCUGUGAUAAUGUGACAAUGUAAAAUGCACAUUGCACAAUCUCUAAUGUAUAAGCCAAAAUGCAUGAUAUCAUAGCAAAGUCAUGCAUAAAUAGAGUUCUGAACAUAAUGAACUUUCUAUCUCUUCUACAUAUGACAGCAGGAAAAGGAAAAAAGUUGAUGAA